AUGCUGUCAAAGCUUGCGAUCAACCGUUGUUUUAACCCAGCCAACUUUGGGACCAUCGCUUAUAGCCAGUUGCACCAUUUUUCAGACGCUUCAGAGAUUGGUUUUGGUUCAGUAUCUUACCUGUGCCGGGUUGAUAUCAACGAUAGAGUCCAUUGCGCCAUCCUUCAAGGAAAGUCAUGGCUCGCACCUUUGAAGAAAUUUACUAUCCCUCGAUUAGAGCUUUCAGCGGCAACAGUGUCAGUGCGGUCAGACAAAGCCAUAAAGAGAGAGCGAGAACUCCCACUUACCGAGCCAUCAGUUUUCUGGACGGAUAUUACAUCAGUGUUGCGUUAUGUGAAGAAUGAAGACAAAAGAUUUCACGCAUUUGUAGCUAACUGCAUCGCAAUCAUUCGAGACGGAUCCGACCCUGACCGGUGGAGGUAUGUGAGUGAAGAAUCUAAUCUAAUCGACGACCUCUCAAGAGGGCUAUCAGCAGAGACGCUGCUUGACUGCGUGGUUCCUCUCCUUGGAGAUCAGCUUUAG